AUGAAAGAAAACGAAAAAAAUAAACAGUUAUUAAGUCCUAAUAAACUGGAAAAUAAAAUUAUCUCACCAAGUACUAUUGACUACUUGGCUGGUAAAGCAAAAGAAUAUAACAUUGGAAUUAAAAUCGAAAAAAAACAUUCUGAUGUAAGUUUAGACGAGCAACAAUUAAAAGAGUUAAUUAGUGUUCUUAAUGAAAUUAGUGGAAAUCUGAAAGGAAUAAAAACAGAAUUACAAUUCAUAAAGAGUAAACUUAACUAA